AUGUCGCACGUUGAUCGUUAUGACAUGAACAAAGGAGAAUCUGAAAAAGAGCGAAAAAGGUCUCGAAGCAGGAAGGCGCCUCCAACUCGCUCGACAAUCGACAACCGUCCGCCAUGGAAUAAUGACACUUAUAUCGAGGGAUAUGAGGAUGUGGAUGAACACGGAAAGUUUAGAAAGAGGGGAGGUGGAAUGCCGAAGACUAAUGAUAGACAGCAAGAGGAACUGACAAAAAACUGGACGGAGUCGCUUCGUGACAAGCAUCACCAACCGCAGAAGUAG